GUAUUUGUCAAUUGUUAUCUGGUGAUGGCUACAUCGUCGAAACAUGAUUCCUUAACAUAUGAAGAUCAUGAAAUUUUAGCUGUUUUGGAAGAUGACUGCAAAAACAAAGAAAAUAGCCCUCUACAUAACGAAGACUCAACUAUUGAACCGAGUCAGAACUUUGUAGAGAAUGAGAAUGAUCCCGAAAAAGAAUAUUUCCCACCUCGUAAAAUGCACUGGCUUCAAUGUGCUAUGCUGAACGCCAAUGUCAUUGUCGGAGUAGGAGUGCUUCCAGUGCCAUCAGCAUUUGAAUAUCUCGGUUGGUUGCCAGCUAUUAUCCUCAACACCGCCGUCUAUCUUAUUACGACAAUUACUGGAUUGUAUCUUAUGUAUAUGCAUCAACUCUUUCCUACAGUGCGCAGCUAUCCUAUCAUCUUCCAAAAGUAUCUUGGCAAAGGUGGACUGUUGCUGGGUAGUUUUCUUGUUUACACUUACAUGAUGUUCAAUAUGAUGAGUAUGAUGCUUACAGCAGCCUUAUCACUGUCUUCCAUGGCUCCAAGUGUCUGCUUGCCUAUAUUCAUAGCUGUAGCAGCUUGCAUUAUAUAUAUCAUUGGUCAGCUUCGUAGUUUAUGUGGAGUCUCUCUAGUUGCUUCGGUAGGAUUGACUAGUAUUCUUGUCGCAAUGUUACUUGUAAUGGGAUAUGCCCCUCAGCUUGGACAAGCUGCAAACUCCUCCACCAGUCUAGUUGGAAAGUUUGGCUUUGUGACUGGUGUUCUUGGAAUGGACAAUCUUGUUUUUGCAUAUGCUAUUCACAUUGUCCUUUUUCCAUUUAUGGCGGAAAUGACAGCAAUUGAGGAUUUCAAAAAAGCACUUUGGACAUCUCAGACAUUUGCUUUCUGCUUUUAUACAUCAGUUGGCUCUGUUGGUUAUGCCUAUUUGGGAAACACUUCUUUGUUGCAGAACCCCAUUUCUUUAAGUACUCCAUCCGGAGCUCCAUUGUAUGUCGUCAACGUCUUAGUAAUUAUUUCGAUGAUCAUCGGUGCCACUACUUGUCAAAAUAUACUGACUAGAUAUACGCAAUAUUAUCUUCAACGUUGUGGACGGAGAAAAUUCAGAGACACUUCCUUCGUAAAUAGAGGUUGGUGGGCUCUGUGGUCUUUCAUUGUGGUUGCAUUGGGAUAUGUGAUUACCUCAUUGAUUCCUUUUUUUGGGGCUUUGGUUGGAACAGCAGCUGCUCUCAUUGCAUCCAAUACCACAUUUACAUUUCCUUCUCUAUUUUAUUACUUACAGUUUCGAAAGCAGAUACCGAUAUGGAAAGGCAGUGUAGCAUUAUUUAUUAUACUCUUUGGCGCAGUUCUUACAGUAUUGGGAGGAUAUGGUGCAAUCUAUAGUUUGAUUCAAGCCAUAGAAGAAGGUGGAGUACCAUUUAGCUGUUCACAAGGAUAAGGCUUCUAGAAGAAACACAGUGAAAUUUACAUAUACUGUGAAUCCUAAUAAAAGCAGAUUCUUGACC